CAACAAUCUGUACAGAUCUUUGCUGACUAUAACAUUCGCACAAUAUGGCUGCCGAAGUUGCGGCUACUGAAAACUUUCAAACAAUGUUGAUAGAUUUGCAAAACCAGGAACUUGACUCACCAGGUGGAGUAGCUACAGCCCAACAGUACACACAGCUGUUAGCCCUGCAUCUGUUACAUAAUGAAAUAUGUGAGGCUAAAUUUGUAUGGAAAAGAGUUCCAGUCCAAAUAAAAACAUCCACACCAGAGCUAACAAAUGUAUGGGCUGUUGGACAGAAGAUUUGGCAGAGAGAUUUUCCUGGAAUCUAUGAAGCUUUCAACAAGGAAUGGUCCGAGGCUUUAAAACCUGUUAUGGAUGCUUUAUUAGCUGCUACGAGAAAGAGAGCCUUUAACUUAGUUGCCCAAGCCUAUGAUUCUAUCAAUGUUGAUGACUUAGCUGCAUUUGUUGGAAUGCCAUCAAGUGAAGCAGCACAAGCAGUACAGAAGGAAGGUUGGGAUGCUGAUCCACAGACAAGAUUUAUAACACCUAGGAAGCCAUGUGCAGUAGUAGAUCCUGUGCUGGUCAGUGAACAACAGUUGAGUGUCCUUACAGAUUAUGUGUCUUUCCUAGAGAGCUGACACUUAGAUUGACUGUAGUUUAAUUGUGAUAAGGAACAUUUUAUGAAUGUACAUGUGUACUUACCAUGUGUACUUACCAUGUGUACUUACCCACUCAACAAACAAUUUGAUUAGAUAUUUUACUAUAAAUGGAAGCUGAUUGUGUGAUUGGUAACAAAGCUAGAAAAAGAAAGAUGUGCCUGCAAGAUUUAGUGUCAUGCAUAUCUUUGUUGUGUUUUUAGAUAGACAAUAGUGUGAAUUUAAGACAGUUAAAAAAUCACAGUUCAAGGCAAUCACCAAUCAUUGUAAGAUUUUCAAUAUUUGUAAAAUAUUCUUUAAGAUGAGAAUGAAAGAUUUGAAUGUUA